AUGCUCAGCUGUGUAAGCAAAAGCAACAGUUUUUGAGUGCAUGCACACACACACACACACGGCAAGCAAUCGCCGGAGCGGCGCGGACCGGCGGCAGCGGCAGUUCACGGCGCCAUUAAAACCAAUCUCCGAACGCCGCACGCCACGGCAGUGCGCCGUAUCAUCGGCGAUCAAGAAAGAAAAUGGGUAGUAUCUGGUGAUUAAUCUCCUGCCGUCUUAAACCCCGGGGAAAGUUCCAAGACUCACGCGCCUUCCCUUUCCCUCCUCGGAGCGAGCGAAGCUCCGCGAAAGCAUCCAAAACGCAACCGACGACGCGCGUCCCGUCGGCAUGCGCCGGCCGCGCCGCCCCGCCGGCGGGCUCCGGCCGCUGCUGCCGCUGCUGCUCGUCCUGCCCGUCGCCGCGCUGGUAUACGUCGCGGCGUUCAGCGCCCGCUUCCCCGGCCGCCCCCUCGGCCCCACCACCGUCGCCGUCGCCCUCGAGGCCACCGGCGCCGACGUAAGCCCGCGGCCGCGGCUCCCCGCCCCGGCGUCCCCGCGCCUCGGGCGCCGGCGCCUCGACGUCUCCCGGAUCGACGUGCGCGCGCUCGACGCCGCCCCGCCGCUCCACGCCGCGGCCGCCCGCGCGUUCCGCGACGGCGCGCCCCUCCUCCGCGACGCCCUCUCCGGCGCCGGCGCCGGCUCCGCCGCGACGCCCUCCCCGUCCCCCGCGCCGCCGCGGUGCCCGCCCUCCGUCGCGCGGUCGGGGGGCACGCUCCGGAGCGCGGGCGGCGCGCUCGCGCUGCCCUGCGGGCUGGCGCUCGGGUCCCACGUGACGGUGGUGGGCGCCCCGCGGCGGGUGUCCGGCGGCGGCCUGGCGCAGUUCGCGGUGGAGCUGCGGGGCGCGGGGGACGGGGACGCCGCCGCCACCAUCCUCCACCUCAACCCGCGCCUCCGGGGCGACUGGAGCGGCCGCCCCGUCGUCGAGCUCAACACCCGCUUCCGCGGCCAGUGGGGCCCCGCCCUCCGCUGCGAGGGCUGGCGCCGCUCCGACGACGACACCGUUGAUGGAUUGGUAACAUGUGAGCAAUGGACCUGGAACACUGGUGGCACACUUGAGGAGUUGAAGAGUAUGUUGCUGCGUAACCGUGUUGCUGGACAGAGCAACAGUGGUUUGAUAGAUUGGCCUUAUCCUUUUGUGGAGGGUGAAUUGUUUGCUCUAACAAUAAGCUCCGGUUUGGAAGGUUAUCAUGUUCAAGUUGAUGGGAGGCAUGUCGCGUCUUUUCCUUAUCGUGUUGGCUUUGAUCUCGAGGAUGUCGCUACGGUGCAAGCAAAUGGUGAUAUUGAGGUUGAAUCAAUGUUUGCUGGUACAUUACCCGCGGUCCAUCAUAACAUUAUCGAAAGAAAUCUGGAGUUGCUGGCCGAACUGAAAGCCCCUCCACCUGAAGAACCUGUGGAGCUGUUCAUAGGCAUUCUUUCAGCAGGAAGCCACUUCACCGAGCGCAUGGCUGUGAGGAGAUCAUGGAUGUCUGCAGUACGAAAUUCAUCCAGUACCAUGGCUCGCUUUUUCGUCGCCUUGAAUGGAAGAAGGGAAGUUAAUGAAGAUUUGAAGAAAGAGGCUGAUUUCUUCGGGGACAUUAUCAUUGUGCCUUUUGUGGAUAGCUACGACCUGGUUGUUCUGAAGACUGUUGCCAUCUGCGAGUAUGCGGCUCGUGUUGUUUCGGCGAAGUACGUCAUGAAGUGUGAUGAUGACACGUUCGUUAGACUUGAUUCAGUUAUGGCUGAAAUCAAGAAAAUCCCAGAUGAUAAAAGCUUCUAUAUGGGGAACAUGAACUACUACCACAGACCACUCCGAGAAGGAAAAUGGGCUGUCUCAUAUGAGGAGUGGCCCAGGGAUACGUACCCGACUUACGCCGACGGCGCCGGCUACAUUGUUUCUUCGGACAUCGCGGGCUUCGUCGCGUCGGAGAUGGAGCAGGGCAGGCUGAAUCUGUUCAAGAUGGAGGACGUGAGCGUGGGCAUGUGGGUGAGGCAGUUCAACGCCGGCGGCGGCGCGGGGAAGGCCCGCGCCGUGGAGUACGUCCACGGCGCGCGGUUCUGCCAGGCGGGCUGCGCCGACGACUACCUCACGGCGCACUACCAGUCGCCGGGGCAGAUGCUGUGCCUCUGGGAGAAGCUACGGCAGGGCCAGCCGAAAUGCUGCAACGCCAGAUGACAUGACACACAGCACACAGAGUUGUUACUGGAUGAACCAAGCAAAGCUCUUACUACUACCGUCGGACGAUCCAAGCUCGUUUUUCAGGGGAGGUUGGGUGUGAGUUGAGCAGCAGCAGCAUUAGCCCUUGGUGGAACCUGACAAGCUAAGUUAAUUUAUUACUUGCUUGCACCACCUCACAUGUAAGCCAAGUAGUGGUACGUACAAACAUUAGCUACUCCGUCAGGUCAGAUCGAAAGGUAACAACAUACAUACAGUAUUAUAUACUCCUUACCAGAUCAUUAUACAUGUUAUUAUUAGUAUUUAUAUGAAUAAACUAACCGGCUCUCCAUGCUAUCAUCAUGGACGAUUGCACGUGA